AUCAUCCUCAUCUAUACAUCUGUGAGAUGAAAACCCUCGCAGAAUUCGCGUGACUACGAAAUACAUACCAACAGCAGCAAAUACUGCACCCGUCAAUAGCGAAAGAGCCCGGCAAGGUGGCGCAGCAGUUAGCUGUACUUCCUCACAAGGACAGUUGCCAGGAUUCGUUUUUCGGAAACCAUGUUCACGCUGCUGCAAAGUUAAUGGGAAAAGUGCCAAUCGAUAAAUGGAAGACACAGUAUCACAUUGGUAAAUGUAUCGAAGGAUUUAGACAACCGUCUGUCAGCCCGACAUAAAAUAUCAAAUCUGUUAAACGGUGCAGUCGUAAAUUCUGGUUUGCCAUCUGCAGUCAUUUUAAGCUUUACUGAUUCUCAUCUCGCAUUUUCCUGCUUGCUGUUCAUGUUAUUCACACAGUUUCGCAAGGUAUGGCAGACAAAAGCUAGCGGUUGAAAUCCUCGCUGAAUUACUUCUAAGUGCGAUACGGUGCAGGAGAUGAAGCUGAAAGAUCGGCUCCUUCACACACAUUUGUGUAUGUUUUUGAGCAUUUUUAAAGGACGAUAACAUACAUAAUCGAACAGAUUACUGCUGUUUUCAUUGCAGAUUUGGCUUGAGACAGGUUCGGGGUAUUCCAGCACUGUACUCUAAUAAGUAGGUUACGCGAUGAUGCGCUGGCAUUGGACUUGAGAAGAAUCGAACACAGCGAACGCGCUACUCAUUUUUACGCUUUUUGACCGAUCCUCUGACGUGAGCUUUUUGGUCGCGUCAGUGGUUCUUAGAAGGGUUUAACGAUUUUAGCUUUUCAGGUAGACCGACGUUUCGACGGUGGAACGCUGAUAUAUUUAUUGCUGCUUUUUAUUACGUGUCAGUGUGAAGUGUACUCGCCCACUAAGAAAAAACGGAGAGAGAAGGGAAAAGGAAAGCGACUAAUAUCGCAUGUGUCCAACGGUGAAGAGGCUGUGUUUGGACGUUUCAUCUGCCGAUUGUUUUUCCCAGUUUUUCAUAAUGAACAGAGCAAUGGCAACCUGCUGGAUGGUUAUCCUCCUUGCUGCCUUCCUGAGUGAAACUGUCCUCUCAAAAGGUGGAAGAGGAGGAGCUAGAGGUGCGGCACGUGGAGCAGCUCGUGGUGCUCGAGCACGUGUAAAAGCUACAAGAUAUGGCUCACCCGUAAGAGUGGCAGCAGCAGCUGCAGCUGGGUCAGCAGCUGGAGUUGCUGCAGGAGGAUGGAUGUCCUCAUCUCAUUUCAAUUCUGAUGACAGCUCUGAGAGUUUUGGGGAUGACAGGCAGUAUAGGAACAGGACUGAUGGAGACUACAGCUAUAUGGCCCACACCUCAUCCUCAGAGCAACACAUCUACUCUUUUAAAUCUAUCUUCUCAGCCCUGCUUUUGAUGAAUAUCUUGACAUAUGUGAGCAUCUAAACAUAGUAUACAAAAUGGAAGCCUUUAUAGAAAAAGGCAUGUUAGGUCUAGUCAAUCAUUUAGGAUCUCAUUAAAUAUCUUCUAGUGACUGAAAAAUGUUUAUACACCUUUUACAAUUUUAUAUAAAGCAAGAAACAAGUUCUCAUCUCUGUAGUCCCAAUAUAAUUCCUACUUUUUCACACCUAAAUGUCUAUUACCUCUUGAAGGAAACCUAAACUGCAUCAUAUAAUAAAAACUUAGCAGAGUCAUGGGAAAGGCUGAAGAUUUUUUUUGAGUAAAUAUUUAACCAAUGUAGUGUUUAGUCUUGUGUUUUAUAAAAAUAUCUUUAAAUCUUUUAGCAAUGAACAAUGCUUUUUAUAGCACAGUACUUAAGCAUUUGGCAAACAAGUUUUCUUUUUCAAAAUAAAAAUAUGUUUAAAGAAAAUGGAUGGAUAAGUGACCUCAAAAGGUCAACAUUUUGGGUCCUUGAACAUGUCUGUCUUUUCCGGGGUUCCUUUUCCAGUUUACAAAAUAAUUCUCCCCAUUUUCUGUGGAUAAUAGUUUUUAACAUUGUUAAAUUUCACUUAAAUUGUCAAUAUCAGUAAAAUCAUAUAAGCUCUACAAAAGUGGUGUUUGAGUUUCUAACUUGUUGCAUAUUUAUGUUUGUAAAGGUUGCAUUUAAUAACCUGAAUAGCAUAAACACCUAAAGAUACAGUGACUUUUUAAUGAUACUGAUUUAUAUUACAAGUUAGUAAAAGUAUGGGUUGGGUAUAAUAAAUGUACAAUAAAAGUCAAUUGCAAUUUUGCAUUUACAGAACCAAAAUAUCUUUUGGCACAACAGUGGAACAUGGUAAUGACAACUUAUUUUAUUUCAAAAUUUGUUUGAACCAUGUACAGUAUGGUGGACAUUUUCAUAUAUACAAUAUAUACAUUGCAGUACCAGGAAUAAUUUGUUUUUCUGCUUACAUACGAAGCUAAAAAAUUAAUUUUCCAGAAGGAAAACCCAUUCAGAUUUCAUCAGAUAGUGGGUGUUGAAAGAAAUAUGAAAAGUUGGAAAUGUAUUGUCUGUUUGUAAUACUGUACAGCAAUGUGCCAAGAGUAUUAUUUUAAAUGGCAAAUC